CAGCCCAUUGGCCGGUCGCGGAGUGUCGGUGAAGUCAGCCUCGAGUCCCAGAAAAACAGAGCGGGGCCAACUGCAGCGUGUAGUGCGAGUGGGGCAGGACGCGCGCAGCCAGCCCGCCCGCCCGGAGACCCGCAAGGAGUGGCGUUCGUCGGAAGAGUUUGUGAAACCUUCUCUCUGCCCGGAGCUCCAGGACCAAUGCAUCUUUCCACCACCUUGAACCACUGAGCAGUGCAGAGCCCCAGUUUCAGAAGACUUGUCCUGCCGCCACCAUGAGCUCUGAAUGCGAUGUGGGUGCUUCCAAGGCCGUGGUGAAUGGACUGGCACUGGGCAGCAACGGGCGAGACAAAGACACGGAUCCUACAAAAAUCUGCACCGGGAAGGGAGCCGUGACUCUCCGGGCCUCGUCCUCUUACCGGGAAAUCCCAAGCGGCAGCCCUGUGAGCCCCCGCGAAGCCCCGCAGCAGGAGAGAAAAGCAGUUCUGGAGUCAGAGAAUUCCACAGCAGAUGAGUGGAGGCUUCCUUCCCAUGCUGAUGCCAAUGGAAAUGCCCAACUGUCUUCACUGGCUGCCAAGGGCUACAGAAGCGUGCACCCCAGCUUUCCUUCUGACAAGCCCCAGGACACAAGUCCUCUGCUAAAUGAAGUUUCUUCACCCCGUGUUGGAACUGAUCCCCAGACCACUGCACCAGUUAGCAAGCCAUCAUCUGCCUACCCCUCCACGACCAUCGUCAACCCUACCAUCGUGCUCUUGCAACACAAUCGAGAACAGCAGAAACGACUCAGUAGCCUUUCAGAUCCUGCCUCAGAAAGAAGAGUGGGAGAGCAGGACUCAGCACCACCUCAGGAAAAAUCCGCUUCCCCCGGCAGGGCUGCUGAAAAGAAGGCGAAGGAUGACAGCAGGCGAGUGGCCAAGAGCGUUCAGGACCUAAGUGAUGUUUCUGCGGAUGAAGUGGGCAUCCCACUCCGGAACACCGAGAGAUCCAAAGACUGGUACAAGACCAUGUUUAAACAGAUCCACAAACUGAACAGAGAUGAUGACUCAGACCUGUACUCUCCUCGAUACUCCUUUUCUGAAGACACCAAAUCUCCCCUCUCUGUGCCUCGCUCAAAAAGUGAGAUGAACUACAUUGACGGUGAGAAGGUAGUUAAGAGGUCGGCCACGCUUCCCCUCCCCACACGCUCUUCCUCGCUAAAGUCAAGCCCAGAGAGAAACGACUGGGAGCCCCCCGAUAAGAAAGUGGAUACAAGAAAAUACCGCGCGGAGCCCAAAAGCAUUUACGACUAUCAGCCGGGCAAGUCCUCUGUGCUGACCAACGAAAAGAUGAGUCGGGAUAUAAGCCCAGAAGAGAUAGAUUUAAAGAAUGAACCUUGGUAUAAAUUCUUUUCGGAAUUGGAGUUUGGGAAACCGCCUCCCAAAAAGAUAUGGGAUUAUACUCCUGGAGACUGCUCUAUCCUUCCUAGAGAGGAUAGAAAGACUAAUCUAGAGAAAGAUCUCAACCUCUGCCCAACAGAGUUAGAGGCAGAUUUAGGAAAAACGGAGCCGCUUACUAAAGCACCCAGUGCAAACCUGUCACAGAGCUCAGCAGUCAGCCCCACUCCAGAAACUUCUUCAGAGCCUCCUGGAUAUAUAUAUUCUUCCAACUUCCACGCAGUGAAGAGGGAAUCAGAUGGGGCUCCUGGGGACUUUGCUAGCUUGGAGAACGAGAGGCAGAUUUAUAAAAGUGUCUUGGAAGGAGGAGACAUCCCUCUCCAGGGCCUGAGCGGGCUCAAGCGGCCAUCUAGCUCGGCCUCCACGAAAGUGGAUCGUAAAGGUGGGAAUGCUCACAUUAUUUCUUCAUCUUCAGUCCAUAGCCGAGCGGGUCACACUAGCAGUGUGUUAGGCCCUGGGUGUAAGCACAAGAAACCCCUGUCUGCCGCGAAAGCCUGCAUUUCGGAAAUCCUCCCCUCCAAAUUCAAACCCAGGCUCUCUGCUCCCAGCGCUCUUUUGCAGGAUCAGAAGAGCAUCCUGUUGCCAUCAGAAAAGGCUCAGAGCUACGAGAACUUGUGUGUCUCGGUUUCUCUGGGUGACUCCAAGAGAGGCCUCCCCCUGCAAGUGGGGGGCAGCGUGGAGAACCUGCUGAUGCGCUCGAGGCGGGACUACGACGGCAAGUUGGGCAGCACCAUGAGCCUGCAGGAGUACAGCACUGGCGCCAGGAGGCCCUGCCCGCUCUCCAGAAGGGCCGGCUCGCAGUUCACCGUGCUCUACCGGGACAUGCACCACAUCAACCGGGCCGGCCUCUCCCUGGGCUCCGUCUCCUCCUCCAGUGUACGGGAUCUUGCCUCCCACUUUGAGAGGAGCGGCCUGGCACUGUCCAGGGGCGAGCUGGGCCCCAGCCAGGAGGGCUCGGAGAACAUCCCCAAGCACACCGUCUCCUCCCGCAUCACGGCUUUCGAGCAGCUGAUCCAGCGCUCACGCUCCAUGCCGUCCCUGGACCUGUCGGGCAGGCUGAGCAAGUCCCCCACGCCCGCGCUGGCCCGGGGCGGCCUGACCUCCACCCGAUCGGCCGAGUCCCUGCUAGAGUCGACGAAGCUCCGGCCCAGAGAGGUGGUGGGGGGGCUCAGCCCCGAAGGCCUCUAUGCCUCCCCAAUAUGUAGCCGGAUGGCGGACCCCACCCUGGGCUUCCGGGGCCUCGUGCCUUCCGAGCCCCUCUCCACCUGCUCAGACGAGCUGGACCGCUGCUCUAACAUCUCCAGCGACAGCCGAGAGGGCAGCAGCAGCAGUGUGCACGGAGACUUCCCCAAACACCGCCUCAACAAGUGCAAGGGCACCUGCCCAGCCUCGUACACCCGCUUCACCACCAUCCGGAGGCACGAGCAGCAGCAGACCUGCAGGCGGCCCGACUGGCGCCCAGACCCCCGGGGGGACAAGGCCACGCUCCUCAGGAAUAUCUACCUAAUGAGCCCCCUCCCUUUUCGGUUGAAAAAGCCUCUCCAGCACCCCCCUAGACAGCCUUGCUCCGGGGACUUCUCAGGCCAGAAGGCAGAGCCCCCCAGUCAGCCCCAUCUGGAUGAGCCCCCCUCCGGGGAGAAGCCCUCGGUCCCCAAACGCCUGUCUUCCCGGCACACCAUGGCCAGGCUGAGCCGGACCUCUGAGGCCCCUCAGGAGAGACCCUCAGCCCCGGAGGUCUGCCCGAGAGCCUUUAGUAACGGGAACUCCGUGUCAUACCCAGACCACGGCCUGGACAGGAACAACAACCCCCAAAGUGAACUGGGAACAUCCCUUGGAGAUUCAGAAUCGCCAAGGCAUUUUAUCCCAGCUGAUUACUUGGAGUCUACAGAAGAAUUUAUUCGAAGACGUCAUGAUGAUAAAGAGAAACUUUUAGCGGACCAGAGACGACUUAAGCGAGAGCAAGAAGAGGCCGAUAUUGCAGCUCGACGCCACACGGGCGUCAUCCCGACGCACCAUCAGUUUAUCACUAAUGAGCGCUUUGGGGACCUCCUCAAUAUAGACGAUACGGCAAAAAGGAAAUCUGGGUCAGAGAUGAGACCUGCCAGAGCCAAAUUUGACUUUAAAGCUCAGACGCUAAAGGAGCUUCCGCUGCAGAAGGGAGAUAUUGUUUACAUUUAUAAGCAGAUCGAUCAGAACUGGUACGAAGGAGAGCACCAUGGCCGGGUGGGGAUCUUCCCCCGCACCUACAUCGAGCUUCUUCCCCCUGCUGAGAAGGCUCAGCCCAAAAAGCUGACACCAGUGCAGGUUCUGGAAUACGGCGAAGCCAUCGCCAAGUUUAACUUCAAUGGUGAUACGCAAGUGGAAAUGUCCUUCAGAAAGGGCGAGAGGAUCACACUGCUUCGACAGGUGGACGAGAACUGGUAUGAAGGGAGGAUCCCAGGGACGUCCCGGCAAGGCAUCUUCCCCAUCACCUAUGUGGAUGUGAUCAAGCGGCCACUGGUGAAAAACCCCGUGGAUUACAUCGAUCUGCCUUUCUCCUCCUCCCCAAGUCGAAGUGCCACUGCAAGCCCUCAGUUUCCUGGUCACAGCAAGCUCCUCGUGCCAGCCCCCACAUCUCUGCCCCACCCCCACCGAGCCCUGUCCCCCGAGAUGCACGCGGUUACUGCUGAGUGGAUCUCACUGACUGUAGGGGUCCCGAGCCGGCGUUCUCUGGCCCUGACCCCACCCUUGCCGCCUCUGCCCGAGACGUCUGUCUAUAGCACAGACCCCCUGGCCUCGUUGGCGAGGCCCAGCCCUUCCCUGUCCCUCAGCCUCCCCACUUCGAACUGGUCGGACUGGUCCACCCCACAUGCAGCAGGCUCCCCGCUGGCCCUGCCUCCCCCGCACAAAGCCUUCUCCCUGGUGCCCGGUGCCCAGGCCUCUCUCCACAUCAACGGAGACAGCAGUACCCACAUGGCACCUCCGGGGCUCCGCCAGGAUAGCUUCUCCCAGCUGCAGCUUGGGCGCUCCGACAAGGUCAUCUCGGAGCUUAGCGACGCCUUUAGCAGCCAGGGUAAGCGGCAGCCGUGGCGAGAAGAAAGCGGAGCCCGUGACAGGGAGGCAGGUGAGAGAUGCCUGGGUGGACCCGCGAUCUCUAAGAAGAGCUGCCUGAGACCUUCAGACGUGGUCAGGUGCCUGAGCAGCGAACAGAGAUUCCCAGAGCUCCACGCCCCAGAGGAGAGCUGGCCCCGCCGGCCGCUGGGUGGCCCUCUCCCGGGAAGGGAGGCUGAGCACCCAGAGCUUCAUAGAGGUGGCGAGCCGGCCAAGAGGAAGGCCGCUCGGACGGGUGCGAGCCAGCAACCUCAAGCCCAGCAGCGAAGAGUCACCCCAGACAGGAGUCAAACCUCCCAGGAUUUAUUUAGCUACCAAGCAUUGUAUAGCUAUAUACCGCAGAAUGAUGAUGAAUUGGAACUCCGAGAUGGAGAUAUUGUUGAUGUCAUGGAAAAAUGUGACGAUGGAUGGUUUGUUGGUACUUCAAGAAGGACAAGGCAGUUUGGUACUUUCCCAGGCAACUAUGUGAGGCCUUUAUAUCUAUAAGAAGACUGAAAACCACGGAGAUGAUCCUUUAUUGGAGGAUGAAGCAGAAUUCAUGUAUUGGUCUCUUUAUUUAAAUGUUGAGUCAGUAGGAAAACUAAUGCAGUGGAUAAAGUAAGAAGCAAAAGAGGACAGAGAAGUGUUGUGUUUAAAACCCGAGCCUGUCUAAGUUUACUUAUCAGACAGGACUUGAACCAUGCAAAAAAAGGAAUGAGGCAAAGCAGUAUUAGUUUAGCUGCUUCUGGGAGCCACGCCGGCCCUGCCCUUCUCCCUCCGCCUCCUGCCCGGCUUGGGUAAACCGAGCUGCGGCAGGGUCCCGGAGCAGUUAGGUCAGAAAGGCCUCCUGCUGCCCCAGGCUUGACCAGCUUUGGCUCAAAAGGGUCGUUUGUCCUGCAGGAGCCCUCGGAGCACCGAGCAGAGUCCCAGCCAUUCUGCAAGGCUCCAUGUAGACUCCCCCUCGUCUCGCCCUUAGCCCUGCUAGAGAUUAGUUGGGACUGCUGAGAUGCCUCCUAAACAGUGGGGGAGCCCCCAAACGACCCCAGCCCAAGUCCCUCACUGCAGGUAUGUUGGGAAGUGGAGGUCAGAGUAGGGGCCCUGUGCAUUCAGCCUGCCUGCAGCAUUGCCACCAGUGCCCCGAUGUUCAGCCAGAAAAGCACACAAGGUUUGCACGUGGAGCAAGGGGGCCAGGCAGAAAGUGAACAUUUGCCUUUCAAGUGAUUAAGGCAAGAAGCCCUAUAGCCCUUGAGAUUCUUGCAGUGGCUCCUUCCCCAUUAUCACUGGCUUUUACAAAUAGUCACCUUCAGGGCAGCACAGUUUCCUAGCAGAAUGCCAAGGCCACCCUUCCUUGUCUGGAUUGUUUUAGGCCAGGACAGUUUGGGGUGGCUGGGCCUAUUCUCAGAGAACCAAGCAUGGUGUUCAGUGGUUCAUUUAAUACACACUCUUGUACACUGGAUGCUCCCAGGCUUCAGAAAGGGUUGCAUGUCUCCAUUUUUCACUCCCCACAGAGUCCAGGGACCACUCACAAUACAGCAGCCCAGGGUUAUGUAUCCUGGCUUCUCUCCAGCACAGAAGGUGCAGUGACCCUAAGUGUGAGGCCAUAUGAUUCAUCCACCCCCCAGGACAUCUGUCCUUUGGAGGGGUCAGAGCCAAGGAAGGAGGCCCCUGUGAGGUGUGGGGUGUUCGGUCACAGCUUUAUCCAGGGCAAGGGUGUUUAUCAGCCCAUGAGACACCUUGAAGAGACGAAGCUAGAAAUGACCCGCUCCCUGCCUGCUGGGAACUCAAGAGGUGGUUGGGGAGACAGACACGCAAGGAACAUUCAAUCCAGAGAGACUGUGAUAUGUGCUAAGAAGGGUUGAAGAGGGAGAGAUGAAUUUUCCCUGAAGGGAUCCUAAAGGCAUAGUCAUAUUUCUGUCUCCGUUAGCUCACUUUUGAACAGCUAGGUUGCUGGAGGAAACUUGAGGGCUAGUUUUUGGCUAGAAAUACUUGGAACCUGUUCCAGGGUCUUCGAACUCAUCCUCCCUACAAAUAUGCAUUCAAGGUCACAAAUAGGUGGACCAGUUCUAGGCUGGUCGAGUGUGUACAGGGACCGCGGCUCUCUGCAUAUAGCUCAGAAUUGUCCCAGGACCGAUGUCCCAAGUCUGGAGUCUUCAUAAGUAGGCAAAGAAUGUCUUCAGUGCCUCUGCGUCUGUCUCCACUACUCAUCUUAGGACCCCCAUCAGCUACCCACCCUGCGUCAGACAGCCACAAUACCCUCACUUUCUCCCAGUCCUUUCAAAUCCUGCUCUCAGGAAAGCACCUGCCACUGACUCCUUCACACUAGAGUGUAAGUGACUGAUAGGAGGAACGUGUUACUUCUUUCAGAAACACUGGCUUUUUAACAAGGACACAGCAGAGCCUUAAUCCCAAGGGGGAAAGUCUGUGGAACUACCAGGGCUAGGUUGUGGGGGAGGGGAGCAGGUAGGGGUGGAUGCACUUCCUGGGUGGAAAGGGACUCCUUGAUACUCCUUAAAUUAAGACUCAGUGCCCUUGGACGGUGAGGUGGGCCUUCCAAAGCAAUAUGUUUCUGUCUCUGCUUCCCUGCUCCCCACCCCCAAACGUAGUUCAAGUGCAUCUAUGCCUGUGCAUUUUGUAGCAUUUCACCCAUUUUGGAAUGUAAUUCUUAUCCCGGCUAAAUGUGUUUCCUGGUCUUUCUUCGAGGCAAACCCUGAACAACACAAUCUUACCUGUUUAGAGGGGUACUUAUUAAGUAGGUUAUUUUGAACACCUCUUUAAAUACAGCUAGAAAAUAAACCAAUUUGUAAAGCCACAUUUGCAUAUGAUGCCAGCCACAAAACUUUGUACAUCUCCAGAAUCCCAGGUAUGCCUCACCCAUUUGCCCGCCUUGAAUCAACUCAUCUGUUACAACUUUGCGUCUGUUACAACUUCAGCUUCCUACACACAAUAAAACAAGAAACAAAGGGUUCGACUGCUCCUUUGUCCUCAGACAUUUAGGAAUAUAAAAUACCUAUUUUUAUGCUGAGAUAUUUAUACAGGUUUAUUAAUCCAAGCGCAACUAACUGGAGGCAUGUGCCCUACAACACAUUUUGAUAGAUGAGUCAUGCUUCUGGGUAAAGGCAAGCCCCAAACUACUUAUCUUUUGCAGUCUCUCUGGGUCAGUAAGAGGAAAAAAAAAAAAUCAUAUGCUUAAGAAGUGGGACUGUAAA